CGGGAGCCACGCCACAUGUCGUCUCCCGUGCACACACCCCCGCACUGCCACGGUGCAACGCCGCCCUUCUUCACGGCUGAGUACUACUCCGCGGAACGGGGGGCGCACGCCGUGGUCUCCACGCACCCGGACGCGGAGCUCCGUCACGGCAGGAGCCAGCGGUGCGGGACGGGAGCGGGCGCGGCCAAUCCCGGGGCGUCCGCGGGGCUCCUCCGCAAGGCCGGCCUCCCGCAGGCCGCCGCCGCCGCCUCGGACUCGGGGCUGCAGGCCCCGCCUCCCGCGGCCCCCGGCCCGGCCCCGGCACGCCCAGGCGCGGCCCGCGGCGCGCUCCGGCGUGCGGACCCCGCGGCGGCCGCGCGCAGCCUCGGACCCCGCGGGCGCCGGAGCGGGAGGCGGGGCGGUCGGGCCGGGGGCGGAGCGGCGGCCGCAGCAGCCGAGAGCCAGCCCGGCCCCGCCCGCCGUCGGCCGGCCGGCUGGCUGGGCCAUGGAGGUCUACAUCCCGUCCUUUCGCUACGAGGAGAGCGACCUGGAGCGGGGCUACACGAUGACUACAGUGGCUGGAGCUGGUGCAGGCCAACAUCAGAAACUCUAUCCAGGUCUCCCACGUGGGUGUUAAGGGCCCACGUACUUGAAGCAUCAUCGGCUGACUCCCAGCCACAUCAGCAGGAAGCUGGGUGGGAAGCAGAGCAGGUGUUUAAGAUAGAAGUGCUAAUGAAUGGAAGAAAACAUUUUGUUGAGAAAAGAUACAGCGAAUUCCAUGCCUUGCACAAAAAGCUUAAGAAAUGUAUCAAAACUCCAGAAAUCCCGUCCAAACACGUUAGGAACUGGGUCCCGAAGGUCUUGGAGCAGCGGCGACAAGGUCUGGAGAUGUAUUUGCAGGCUGUCAUUUUAGAAAACGAAGAGCUUCCCAAACUGCUUCUCGAUUUCCUGAACGUGCGACACUUGCCCUCUCUCCCAAAGGCAGAAAGCUGUGGAUCUUUUGAUGAGACGGAAUCGGAAGAGUCCAGCAAACUGUCCCACCAGCCGGUGCUGCUGUUCCUCCGGGACCCAUACGUCUUGCCUGCAGCUAGCGAUUUUCCGAACGUGGUCAUCGAAGGAGUUCUCCAUGGGAUAUUUUACCCUCACCUGCAGCCCAGGUAGAAGUCCCGCAUGGCUGCAGGAAGCUAAAGCCAGGUUCCAGGUUGUAGUCAAGGAAAUCGAUACCUACCAAAUUAACCUGCACUCAGUGACAGAGCAGCGUGAGCUGGUGGUGACGUUCACAGUCUCCAUUCAGGGCAGGCAUGUUUCCACUAGCAUGGUGCUUUCGUAUGUAGAAGCUGACCCAGGACAGCAGUCAGGUGAGGGCCACGUGUUUGAGAAGUGAGUUGGAGCUGCCAGCUUAGACGCCUGUGCCAGGAGCCCCAGGGGAUCCAGUGGGUCCCCAGGGGCGGGCGUCUCACAGAACAACAUCGCGCUGUGCUGCAGCCGCACCACGGAAAAUCACAGCCUGAUCGUCUGGAGGCGGAGCAGCUCUGGUCCGUGACUCACUCGUCUGCGCCCUGUGACUUUCCCGGUUGGUGAGUUCGGUUCCCGAGCUGGCAGCCCCAGGAGUGUAUCGGAGCAACGCUGAGAAAGGCGAGGAGGAGCCAGGUGGAGACCGAACUCUCCUCGCAGCACCAGGGCAGCCAGAUAAGUACAGAACUAAAGAAUCUCGACACUUCAGCCUGCGACACGGUGGACUCGGCAUCGGGCCCCGGGGGCCAGGGCCCAGGGAGAAGCAGGGUGUGAGCGUGCCCCCUGGAAAGAAGUGAGUGACCUGCGGUUGGAGACCACAGGAAGUUGUCAGUGCGUGCUUAGGAGCCACAGGUGCUGGAGGCAGCGCCGGCCCCGCACGUGAGAUACAGAUGUGAAGUGGCAGCGCGGGACUGGCAGGUGGCCGAACGUCCGUUGAACGGGCAGUGUCACGAUGGGAUUCUGUGUCUUGUUCUGUCUGGGUCACCUUUCACGGUCCCCAUAGCUGAGGCCGCCGUGGGCUGAUCUUGCGUGUGCCCUGACUCCCCUGUCCCUCCCUCUUGCUGACCUGUGUGGUGGGCCCAGCAAAGGCCAGAAGCAUGGGGCUGCCGGUCACUGCGUGCUGUGUGUGGGCCUCUCGUGGGCAGCUGAUGAACAGCCAGCCCACUGACGCUUGCCAGUCUGACCAGUAAACUCAUACCAGAGCUCAUGCCACAUCAUGUGCUUUCACUAGCAUCUAACGGCUGCUGCAGACUUAAAGACGGCUUCUGGCACAGACGGUGUGAUUACAUGUCGGGAGCAAGCAGGAACAGAACGAGCAAGUUCAUCAACCAAAAACACCUGAGUAGGCAACUACUGGAGAGAUUUUUAAAUGAUUUGAUGUUACUAGCUAUUUUGAGUUCAAUAAAAGCGAUCAAGAAAUA